AUGGGAAUAAGCCUUUCUGCGCCAGGUUUAAGAAAAAAGAAAAGCAAUGUUUCCCUUGCCGCUAAAGAUGACAAUGACGCCGAAACCAUUGAGAAUAAAUAUUAUUUGCCAUCAAAAAUUGAAGACAUUGACCGAAUGCAAAUUCAGCAUUUUCUCUAUCAACAUAUUUGGCAAUGCAAUUUUUCGUCUCCUAUCGAAAAUAUGUUGAAUAUGGGCGGAUACGUAAUUGAUAUUGGUGACAAAAUUAUAUUCUGUUCCGAAAGAUGUGGGCCAGGCACAUGGGUACUAGAAAUGGCUACAGAAUAUCCAAUGACGUGUUUCACAGGUGUUGAUAUUGUUCCUACUUUUCCAUCACAGAUAAUGCCACGAAAUGUUAAAUUUCUUAAAGGCAAUAUUUUACGGGAAUUGCCGAUUGAGGAUAAAUUUGAUUUCGCACGGCUGAGCUUACUUGGAACUUCAUUUAACGAAAAAGAAUGGCCGCGUGCAAUUGAACAAACUAUAAAAUUAUUAAAGCCCGGCGGCUGGAUCGAAAUUUGUGAAUUGGAUUUACUCCCAAAUAGUAUGGGUCCUUGUUUCGAAAAAAUAACUACUGCGUUUAUGGGAUUAUUGUCAAAAAGAGGUGUAAAUUCACGAAUUGUUUUAAAACUUGACUCGCUUCUUGCCGGCUCAAAUUCACUUUCAAAAGUCCAAUUCGAUCUUCGAAGGAUAACAGCCGGACAUCGCGGCGGUAAACCCGGAAUUCUGUUUGCGGAAAAUUUGGCAAUCUAUUUCAAAUCUGUAGUCGUUUCACAUCUUCAAUCAUUUAUGAAUCUGUCUCCGGAAGGAUAUCAAAAAUUGUGGAGCAACUGCGAGCAAGAGUUCGAAAUAUGCGAAACUCAGGUCAACAUAUAUCGAUUCUGGGGACGUAAAAGUUAA